AUGUACAAUCAAGUACCUGGACAAAUUGGUGUCCCAAUACAAUGUGAAAAUGCAGCAAGUGUUCAGAAUAAACCCAAUUUAGUGAUAAUCAUGGCAGAUGAUUUAGGAUCCCAUGAUAUAAGUCUGAGAGGAAGUAAUGAGAUUCUGACACCAAAUAUCGAUGCCCUAGGCUAUCAAGGAACUAUCUUCAAUCAUCACUAUACCUGUGCUAUGUGUACACCUACAAGAGCAGCUUUGCUAACUGGAAAAUAUCCUAUUCACAUGGGAAUGCAGCAUUAUGUACUGCGAACAGGUGAACCCAGAGGUCUUCCGCUGAAUGAAAAACUUCUCCCUGAGUACCUCAAAGAAGUUGGGUACAAGACCCAUAUCAUAGGAAAGUGGCAUCUUGGCUUUGCCAAGAAGUCAUUUAUUCCCACGAACAGGGGUUUUGAAUCCCAUAUAGGAUAUUUGGGGGCUUUUAUUGAUUACUUUGAUAGUACCGUAAGGUUCAAUAAUUCACCAUUUUCCCCUGGAUUUGAUUUUCGACGCAAUGAAAGUGUCUACAGAGACAGAGUUGGAGAAUAUUUAACAGAUGUUUUGACUGAUGAGGCAUCGAAGAUCAUUAGGGGUCAUGAUCCAUUGCAAGGACCUCUAUUUCUUUACUUGUCCCACCAAGCUCCUCAUGCUGCAAAUGAUGAUGAUCCUCUUCAGACUACCUCAGAGGACAUUGAGAAAAUGCAACAUAUCCAAGAUCCAAAGAGAAGAGCAUAUGCUGCAAUGGUCAGAGCCUUAGAUCGAUCUGUUGGAAGGGUCAUACGAGUCCUAGAGGAGAAGGAAAUGCUGAAAAAUACAGUUAUUUUGUUCUUCUCAGACAAUGGAGGUCCAACUCUAGGGCUAUACAACAAUCGUGCAUUCAAUUAUCCACUGAGAGGGCAAAAAAAUGGUCCUUGGGAAGGAAGUUUUCGAGGAACGGCAAUCCUUUGGAGUCCAUUACUGAGAAAACGACACUACGUCUCUAAGCAUUUGAUACACAUUACUGAUUGGCUACCAACAUUUGCCAAUUUAGCAGGGGCUACAUCCUACAAAUACAAAAAGCUCGAUGGGUACGACAUUUGGUUGACUGCAUCUAAUAAUCUGCCACCAAUUCGAAGAGAAAUCUUGCACAAUAUUAAUCCAAUUGAUGGAUAUUCCUCAUUUUACCGAGAUGGUUGGAAAUAUGUUAAUGGAACGACUUUGGCUGGUCAAUACGACUCUUGGCUGGGAAAUAUAUCUCAAGAAAGCUUUCCUGAAAAUUUAAAUUACCCCGAACUUGUGAUGAACAGCGAUGUGUGGCAGACUCUUAAUCCCUUUGCUGCAAAGAUAUUAAAGACAAAGGACAUUGAGGCGAUUAGGAAAAAUACAAAGAUCAAAUGCGGAAAGAGAAUUCCAUUUUCAAGAACUUGUGAGCCACUUAAAGCCCCCUGUCUCUUCUAUCUGACGAAAGAUCCUUGCGAAAUUAGCAAUUUGGCGCACUUUCGACCAGUUAGAAUGCAGGUGAUAAAAGAGAGGCUGGAGCAUUACGAAAAAUCUUCAAUACCUCCAAGCAAUUUACCACCCGACCCAGAGAGUGAUCCAGCGUUAAAUGAUUACUUGUGGACUUGGUGGUUGGAGAAGGAUGACAAACGGUAA